CUAACCGGUGCACGCACGCACGCGCGGGCAACUGCUCGCGCGCGCGCACGCAGACGAAACACAGCAUUCAUUUCCUCGACAGACUCAACACAAUUUCCCAUUUUUAAAAAAUGGUAAACCUUCCAUUUGGAUAAUGUUUUUAUUUAUUUAUUUUUUUAAUAUUAUCAAGUUGGAUUAUUUGUUAUGAGGCGGCACACUCAAGCAGAUGUGUUGGACGGACGCUUCCUUUAUUUUUUGGAGGGGGGGGGGUGACGAGCGCGUGCGCGUACCCGUUUCCUAGCGAUGACGACAGACGCGAUUAUUUUGGCACGUGUGAAGACAAAUCCAACGUUCCACACCGAAGACAACACGGCGGACGCUCGCGCUGCUCUCCGCGUGGACCCGCUCGCCUCCCUCAGUGCGGACUCCGAGUCUGUGAUGGGAAAAAAGCUCCUGAGUGAAAGUGCUCGUCCUCCAGGUCAGCAACCCGCCCAUGCGGAUCCGGCCCACCUUGGCGCAUCUCUCCCACCUCCUGAUGGAUGUCGCAAGACUCCAUCGGCAGAGCCGCAGAAAAUACUGCUUCUCCCUUCAGCCGGAGGCGUCGUCACAUCCGAUGGCAAGCCUCUAGAUUGGGGCCUGAAUAAUCUCGCGAGCUUCCUGAAAAUCAGCCCUUACACCGCUGCAACCAUGUACCCCUUUCUUGACAUGGCGUACAAGGCCGCGCUCAUGGCCCGCCCGUCCCCAUUCCUAUACCAGCACUUAGCGUACCCGUCUUGGUGCCAGAUGUCAGAAAGCGGCUCACCUGAAGACGGACUCUUUUAUUUCCCCCGCUAUGUUCCCGCGCAUCUUUCCUCCCAUUUGGAGCCCGACUUGCGAAUGUACGCAUCCAGCCCGGCCGCUCUGUCGCCUCGGCGCUCGUUACGGGGGCAUCAGCAAACCUCGGCCUUCGGCGCCUCUCUGCGCCAGGAUACUCGAUGUUCCGCUUUUCCCUUUAACGAGUGCCAUCUUGGCAAGAGUAGCGCAAACUCCUCCCACUCCACAUCGACGAACGGCAGCUCUGCUCGCGAUCCGGUCAACGAGUUAGUUCCUGCGUUUGCCUCAGUGCCGCUUCCGGUGUCAACAACAGCAGACUCCUGGGAGAUUUCAAAGAUGAGCACCGCGUUGUCAGCCCAACGUUGUGGGUUUUCUCCCUUCCCUGUUGGCAGCCGCGGUUCUGAGCCAGAUCCCCCGAAACCAACCGGCAGCAGCCGAGAAAAGAGCGCCAGCCCAGAUCGCCGUACGACCGAGAAGUCCCCGUCGCCCGCGAGGAGAUCUGUCGAUGGAAAAGUGCAUCAACUGCCUUUGGAUCUUUCUGCCAAGAAGAUGAAAAGUUCGUCAAACGGCUUCCAGGCCAAAUCGGACUUCAUCGCCCAGUUGAGUUAUGGGCCCCAGACUGGAGAUGCGCAGUGCCUAAAAGAGGGCCUUUUUCCUCCUCCAACACGAUCAGCAAAGAGUUCAGAACCUCCCAAAGUCGUGAACUCUUUGAAUUUGGAUCAGGGUGCAGUUGGCAGCCCAUCCUCACAAAGAUCUCCCGAAUCCUUCUCUUCCACAAAGUUGGGCCGACAAGCGCCGCGCGUGACAGACAGUCAUCAGGACGCUCGCACCUUCUCGGGAAAACAAAUGUCGCCCAAUUUCCGAGGUCAAGACAACCGACCAAAUCUAUCCAAGCCACGACAGCCCGACGUUGAACUGGGAUCCACUUCCGGAGCGAUCCGCACUGACUCUUUUAUUCCACUUGGUUUAGGCUACAGCAAUAGCUACCUUCUUCCAUAUUCGACGGCAGACGACGCGUCCUUGCAGCGCACGUCCGUCUCGGGCAAAGGAGCCGGCCAACGCUACCCCGUCCUCCUUGGCCACGGCAGCGGUCUGACUCGCACGCCUACAAAACAGGGUCUGCCACACAGAGACGAUUCACCGGGUCCUUUGUCUCCUGCCGCCACCUUCGCAGACCUCAAACCACCGUCCAAAGGCCAAAACCGAAGCCAAGAAAGCCGACAAAAGCCGAGCCGGACCAGGAAACCCGAUCCCGAGCGCGGCGGUAGCGGCAGCCAACGGCCUUCAAACCAACCCUUGAAGUCUUUUUGCAAACGGUUCAAUAGUGUUAGCGAGAGCGUCGUUGGCGUCGACAUGCCUUUUGAAGACGUCGAUGAGACUGGAGGGCGACGGGGCGUCCGAGCCCCCGCGUCCCAGCCACAUCCGCUCCGUCGCAGGUGUUCUUCACCUCCUCCCGCUCCCAGCAAGGAAAUCUCAACGGAAGCUUCUCUUAGUCCAUCUCCGGAACUGCCCGUCCAGCAGACGAUGCAUUGCGCCCGAACGUCUCCUGAACAGUUCUCCAAAAAGAAGCAAAUCGGAGCCCCAAAUGGUUGUGACAGCUCGGCCAGAUGCGAACGUGGCGAAAGCGAUGGACUUGAUGAAAGCGAUGACGAGGACCGGCUCGAUCGGAGCCCGUCUUCGCACGUCGAUGCAAGUCGAGAAAGUUCUUACGUCCGCUGCGGUACCGCACAAUUCCUGAAGGGUGCGGCUGUUGGAUGCAGCUCUCAAUCGGAUGGUCCAGUUUUCACCAGGAAGACGACAACAACAUGCGGCGAUACGCCUUCGCGGGUGCCGGCUGACGGAGUCAACGCCGACACCGAGUCCUGCGUCUCCAGCAACCAAAGGGAACAAAACUCGUCAGAUGACGGCCGAAGUAUUCAUCUCAGGCAUCCCGAGUACGGGUGCGCCGUCGGCGAUCGCUUAGGUCAAGCUCCUUUGCCGGUAAAUAAUUCCAGGGCCAUCUUUCGAGACGGCGAGAAGAACAGCCCGGACAUCGUGGACGCGCAAGUUGGUGAGGGCAAGGAUACUCGCAUCAGCACCCCCACAGAAUCUUUUUCUGGCUCUUUGGACAGUCAACCGAAAUAUGAGACGGAGGAAUCUUGUGUUUCCCAAUCCAGCUGCCCUCGUCAAGAGCAGUCGAAGCUGAAGGAAAACCAGGACGACGAGACGGCGGCAUCGCCGUGUGACGCAAGUGGAGGCGAAGGGGGAUGGUUGGAGCUCUGCCAACAGAGCGAGGGGAGGGGCGGAGGCCCCGCUCCGGCACUCCGCGUCGACGCACAGAAAGAUGCACAACCAUCAAGCAUUUGCGUCACACCGGAGCACCACCGUGCAAAUGACCUUGUCGGCGAGGAUGGGUGCUCAUCAGAGAAGGAAGAAGGUCACAGAGGAGAAAGUCAAGAGGCUCCUCCUGUAACCGGCGUCGCUCGAUGUCACUGCAACAAACCGUCCUCCAUGAUGGACCUCGGCGAUUUGGAUCCCGACAUGGCGACAAACCACGAGCGCAUUUUGGGCCUGGAGACAUUUCACCAGAGCAGCGUCAGGUUGAAGCGAAGAAGAACGCAAGACAACGGGGCCGAGAACCCGUUCGACGACGAUGUGACACCGGAGGACAUGAGCAAGCAAAAAAGUUGCAUCGAGCUGAAUGGCCCAUGCAUCAAAAAGCCCCGUCUACCCGAUGAUGACGUGAAAGUCCGCAUGGCCUCGUCCCCGCCAGGCUCGCCUCGUGGCCCAAGACAGAUGGACAGUUGUAACCUCUGGCAGUCCUCCCACGUCGCCGCUUCCUGCCUCCAGGAGAAGCGUCAGAAGUUGAAGGAGAACCGCAGGGCCUCGUCACUCCUCCCGCUCUCAUCCGACGACGACGACCUCGGAAAGCCCUCGGGGAAACAUCUGUGCAAGACCAAGCACACGAGUGAGGCAGCGGAGGAGGCAGACGAGGAAAGAGGAGAUGGUGAGGGCGGGAUUGUGCGGGUUUCCUCCGACUCAUGCUCGCCACCUCCGCAGCCAAGCUUUGCCGUCGAACCUGCAGGAGAGACACCGUUGCUGCAUGCCGCCCGGUCGGGACACGAAGAGGCGGUGCUCGACUGUCUGCAGCGGAGGCUCUGCAACAUCAACCACAGAGACAAUGCUGGCUAUUGCGCCCUGCAUGAGGCCUGCACUCGAGGCUGGCUCACGAUUGUGCGCCACCUGGUGGAGCGCGGGGCAGACGUCAACUGCAGCGCUCAGGACGGAACCAGGCCGCUACAUGACGCCGUUGAGAACAACCACGUGGAAGUGGUACGUUUCCUGCUGGCCUGCGGCGCCGACCCCACCCUGACCUCUUGCUCUGGAAGAGGACCAAUAGACAUGACCGGCAGUGUUGCCAUGGAAACGUUCUUAGAGGAAUAUCUCGCUGAUCUCCAGGGAAGGCCGGAAGGUGAUUCUGGAAUCUGCUGGGAUUUUUAUGGCAGUUCCGUGUGCGAGCCAUCCACUGAGGGUGGAGUUUACAACAUCCUGGCCCACCCACCAGGGCCUGAAGAGGAGGAAGAGUAUGAGGAGGAAGAGACAGAACGGCGGCUCGGAAGGGAGGAGUUUGAAAUUGAGCUGUCAGACCAACCGCUGCUUCCCUGCUACACCCUGCAGGUUUCGCCGGCAACGGGUCCUCAGAACUGGCUCCUCCUCUGCGACGUCUUGGCUCAUCUUCAAAUGACAGCUCACACCUUCCGUCGCCUCUUCCCACAUCUCGAAGUUUUCACCAUCCCAGAGGCCGAGUUCUACUGCCAGACAUCGCUGUCGCAGCCUUGCGCGCAUCCUGCUCAACGGGCUUCUUUCAGAUCGGGUGCCAAGGACUGGCUGCACUUAGUGGAGGCUACACCGGAAAUGUCCGCCAUGCUUGGCUCCUCCCUCGAAUUUGUGAACGAGCAGGAGCCGCCGGUUGUCUCCAACAUAUCAUCUCCAAGGCCGGCCCCACCGCCAUCAUCAUUGCCGUGUGUCCCAGUUCUGCCAUCACAUGCACCCGUAGGCGGAGCUUCGCAAGGCCAAAGCCAGGAUUGUGCACCAGUCACUUCAGUGGAAAGGAAGGCAAAUGCGAGCAGCUGUGUCACACGCAACCAAGAGACCAUCAAUAUGUUGGAAGCUAAAAAUAAUACCGGUCCUUCCUCAAAAACGGACUCUGUUGCGUGUGAAGUACAGCACUUGCAAAAUAGAAUCACGGUAAGUACACACUGUGGUACCGAGGAGCACUCGCAAUGUGGUGAAAACACGGAUGUGCACAUGAGGAAUCGCAAUUCUCAGAAUGAGGACAGCGAGGGUGUUCCCCAAGUUGUUGGCGAAGCCUUGCAGAAAGUAAGCACCCGUGCAAUUGAUCAGAAGUGUCGAAGCUUACGUGACCUCAGCGGUCAGACUGUGAAGAUGGACGCCGCGUGGCGAAGACACUUGGCAAAUGUCAGAGUUCACAUCAGGGACUUGGGGAUGAAAUUUGCUGGAGGCCGGACCCCAAGCAAUGUGAUGGAUUACAGGAAGGUUGUUGACAAGGUCACUGAGAGCAAAGCAACUCAACUCAAAAAUCAGCCGGGGAGAUGAGAAGUUACAAAUGACCCUUGACCUUUGACAAACAUUUUUGGGGAGGACAACAUUCUUUUUUGGACAAAACAGCCAUCAUCAAAACAUCAACCAGCCAUGCAUUCAUCCAUUUUCUAUUGUGUCGUGUCUUAAUUCGGGUCACUCGUGAGCUGCAGCUGAUCCCAGCUGACUUUGGGUGAGAAGCAGGGUACACAUUCGACUGGUCGCCAGCCAAUCACGGACCGACCGUCCAACCAACCCAUACGAGGUGCUUAUACUGUACAUCGUGUAUACAGUCAAUAUUUAUGAGUGUGUACAAAAUAAUUUUUAUGCUCUGUAUAUUCUGUUGGUUGUCCGUUUGAUGCGGUUGCAGUGGUAAAUUUGUUCCAAUUCGGGAAUGUCGUUUGCUAUAUUUAUGUGGUUUUGUAUUCUGCUCCCCGUUGACUUUUUGUGCCAUCGCCCAACUUCAUGCCUCAUCAAAUAAACACAAAGGAGUAGAAAAGGAA